AGUAAAUGUAAACAAACCUGAACUUCAGGGAGUCAAGUGAAUAAUGCGUAAUGGAUCAAGAUACCCCUGUGUCCGUAGCCAGUCCUUCAGAGAGUAAACCAGCCAUCCAGUCUCCUCAACAGGAGAACAAAGACAACCUUAAUAACUGUGGAUCCAAUGCUACAAGCAAUACUGGACAAGACUUGUUCAGCACAGGUACAUCCACCUCCAAAAUUGCCAUCAUUAAUGCUGGUGUGAAUGGCUGUUCAACUGCUGCUACUUCCCUCUCUCCAGUAUUACUGCCCUCUAACUCUUUUUUGUCAUGGAAAGAUACACACGGCAUUGCCAGGAAGGUGAAAGUCAUCAGGGUAGAACAGCAGAGCAAUGCAUCUUGUACUAUACCCACAGCCAAAGUAAUCUGCACACCCACAAAUUUGCCUCAAGAUCUUGGUACAACCUCCAGUGCCACCAUCAUGACUCCUGUAGCCACAUCUGUGAGCAGUGCGAGGCCUUCCAUUGUUGUGGAGGGAAGAUCAUUGAUGGAGGAAGAUGGAGAUCCAAUUGCCAGUCCUCUAGAACAAGAGAUGGAAUUGUCGGGUGAGGACCAGGACAACUCGAGUACAAAGACUGUUUCCGUCUUGGGUGAACCCCGUGACUUGGGUUGUAAUGUCACUAGUGCAAAUGUGUCGGCCAUUACCACUACUGCUUGCACCACCAAAGAGGGGGCUGAGGUGGACAUCCACUCCUCCCCUGUUGAGUGUGAAGUGUCAUUUAGUGGAGAGGGCGAAACCGACCGCAACAUUCAACCAGAAAGGAAAUCAAAGAAAAUUGUAAUGAGAAAGACUAAAAACAGUCGUCUUAGCAAGACUCUUACCUUUGGCCACAUGAGACAGGAGAAGCAGGUGCAUCCAUGUCAUCUGUGUGGGAGCUUAUUGUUCCUAGGGGCUCCUGUGCACAACGUGGACCUGCACCAGCCCCUGCCUCUCUCUUCCUUACUCCCGUCCAUUCUCUUAGCCUCACUUGGGAUGUCUUGCCCUCUCCCUCGUAGCAAUGGGGUCAAACUAUGCCAGAGAUGCCAUGACUUACUCAUGGAAGGAGAUGCCACUUAUAAGAAGUUGCAGGUUGUAACAGAGCGCAUGAGAGAAGCUUGGCCAGCAUACAUUCUGGAAUCUAAAUCCAUGGACAACACUCUUAAAGGCGGUGUGAUAGCAACAGUGCCUGUGAAUGAUGAGCCUAUACGCCCUACUACACCCCCAAGUCUCACAACUUCCAGGAAGUAUGUUCCUAUCCUUCCUAAGGCAGAGCUGCACUCAGAAGAGUCAGUGGAAACAGCCAGAAGAGCAAGAAGUAAGACGCAGAAAAGUGGUACAAAGAAGAAGCCACAAUCUGGGGAAGGAAAUAGCCACAAAUUGUGUAUCUGUGGACUUUGUGGGAUGGACUUCUACGGUGAGCAAGACUGGUGCCUGCACAUGGCAGCCGUUCACCAUGUGCAGCCUCGUUGGCUCUGGUACAAUCUCCAAGCCACACUGAAGAUGCAAAUUGGGAAAGAGCUAGAGCGACCUGACCCAUUACCCCAACAGGACUACACAGACAGCAGGAAGAUCCGAAAGUGUCAUGCAUGUGGAAAGACCUUUUCAGAACGCCAUGAACUAGUGCAGCACCUACGAGAAUUCCAUAAUAUGGUGGUUGAUGAUGAAUUCCUGGCCUCUAUAUCUGGAGAAACAGCAGAACAACCACAAGAGCCACAGCCUGUAGCUGCUGUACAGAUCAAGACAGAGGUUAUGUGGGAUCAGCAUGACAUGGAUAGUCAGAUUUGGCAGCCGGAAAAUGACCACGCAUGGCAGCAAGACGAUCAUAUAAAGCAAGCUGAGAAUAGUGAGGCAUGGCAGCCUGGGGAUGACCAUACAUGGCAAGCGGAUGAUGAACACAUCGGCAACACCUGCUCGUAUGAGGAUGCAAGAGCAAGAUUAGUAGCAGAAGAGAUAACUCUGCCCAAAGGCAAUACAAGGGAAAGGUCAACCGAAGAGGCAGCAACCAGUACUAUUCGAAAUCGCCUGGAAGAACCUCGGCCAUCGAGAGGUGCACGAUGGUGGUGUCGGGCCUGUGGACAGGCUUUUAACAGCCUUGGGGCGCUACAUCGCCAUAAGCAGCAGAAUCAUCCAGGUAUGCUCCGGGUCGCCUCCAGGACCCCAAAGGUCGAACCUUUGAAGGAAACCACAGAAAGAGAUGCGGGCAUGGCAUGUCAAGAGGAAGAGCAACAGUUGAGCUUGACGUGUAUUGUGUGUGGACUGAAUGUUCAAGGGAAGAAGAAUCUGAAGAGACACAUGGAAGCAGAACAUGAGGGCUCUGUCGUCAUUCUGGAAGGUGACGGUUGUGGAGGCAUCAUUAACCACCGCCUCAACCUUACUGCCGCUCCGGAGGGCGAGGGUGACAGCGAGGAGAGACAGCAAGUCAUAAGUCAGAAUCUUGGGCAAGGGAAGAGCAAGAGCAAGAUGAGUUGCCGUGCAUGUGGUGCCGCAUUCGCCAACCUAGUCACCUUAGCGAAGCACCAACAUGAACACCAUAAAGAGAUGGUAGACGAAGGGGGAGGGCCUGUAGGCAGUGUGGGCAUAAUGAUGUUGGAGUGUGAAGUGUGUGAGAGAAGGAUGCAUGGCUUGUCAGCGCUGCGCCUGCACAUGACCAAGGUGCAUCGUUGGCCACACAAGACAGGCCGGCAGCACCGUUGCAAAUUAUGUCUUUAUCAGGGUCGGACACGUAGACAGCUGGAAAACCACAUGCGUAUCAAACAUGGCAUGGAUAUUAUGCCACAUGUGGAAUGUAAGUUGUGUGGGAAGAGCUACACAGCAGGCUACCUUAAUAGACAUGUAGCCAACAUGCACGAGAACAAGAAGGGGUUCACCUGCGAGUUUUGUGGCAUGAAAUUUAACGACAAUUCUAGCCUGAAGAGCCAUAUUUACUUUGAACAUGCCAACAACAGGUGGAAGUGUGAACCAUGCCAGUUAGCCUUCCAGAAAUAUCACCAACUAAGGCAGCAUAAUUACUAUGUGCAUAGCACGAAGGUCCACACAUGCAACUUUUGUGGCAAGACUUACAAGCGCAAGAGCGACCACACUGAACACAUCAAGCGGAAACACAUGGAGAAGGUACCGACGCAGUGUCCCAAGUGUCCGAACUCGUACCUCGACCGAAAGAAGCUGCGGACACACCUGAUGAGGAAGCACGGCGUCCCGUGGGAGGACACGAUCUCGAGGAGGUUCGCGCGCAUCCAGCAGGAGAGCAACUGCCUCAGAGCGAGACCCGGAGCCGUCCACCCUGACUCCUCUUCCGCCUUAUCCAAAAACAGCAAGAACCUCAGAAUCCUGGCUCAAGGGGACCCGGAGGCGCAGCAGGAGGGCGACGCGUCCGAUCCAAGCGACGGCAUCCACCACUACGCCCACGUCGACGAAGAGGACGGGCGAGGAGGGCGAGGCGGAGGAGGGGAGAGUGCGGGGGUGGAGGUGGUGGAGGCAGUAGGAAGCAGCCACGUGGAGGCCCUGGCCGAGGAAGCAGGAUACAAUAUCGUGGAGGUGACAGAGGCCCCGGGGGACCUCCAUGCCAUGGGGGACAUCAGCUACAUCAUCCUCCAAGCCGGGGAGCACUAGCCUCACGCCCCCUUCCCUCGGAGGGCGGUGGGCUCGCUGGCGGACUUCUAGCCUUUGUUUUCAUGGUAUAAAUACAUAUAAAAAUUCAGUACAAGUAAUACUUUUGCAAAACUUAACCAGAUAUAUGUUGCUCUGUUUGCUAAAGACGAUACAACCAUGUUAAUCGGAAGUCUAGGCUCAGUCAUCGCAUUCACACCCGUUGCAUGGUGGUAACAGCCAAAGCCAUCUGCGGCGAUAGAUUUAAAAAUCGGUUAACUAGCUGCUGAAUUGACUGGCAGUCUGAGUGCUAGUUGCCGGCUGGUCAGUUGGUGCUUGCGUGCGAUGCGACUUGUUCGUUUGUGCUCAUAGGUCUUCAGCCUGUUAAUCUCGGCUGUGCUAACGGUUGUCUUCAGCGAGAAGGCAUUGGAAUACCCUAGCGUGCGAUAGUCAGAAUUGAUUUAUUAUUGUUGUUGCGCUCGUCCAUCUAUUGUUAAAAGAUUUGUAAAUGAUAUUUUUGGAAGAGUAAAAAUAUAG